AUGCCGUACACUUGCAUCAAGUGCUGCAAGAAUGGUGCUUCGGUGGCCGAUCUGGUACAAGCAAAGAGUCGGCAAAGCACACCAAGUAGCCAAUGCAGUAGUGGUACAUCAUGGAAGAUUUUUUCCGAUGCUGGUUCGACACGAAUAAAAACGUGGACGAAUGCAAGUGAGAUAGGCGAACGAAGAAGCCAGCGUUCACGUAAGUGUUUCGAUGAAAGCAGUGCGGCAUUGCAUGCGUUUGAUGUAAUGUUACACUGUGCCAGGCGCAUGCAGUGCCAGCUGCCUCGAGUUUGUCCCUCUCGCGCUGUGGAAAAAGUCGCCAUGCAGAGUCCGGUAAAUUGUGAUUAUCUGAUUACACUCAGGCUAAAUAAAGUGUCGGAAUCUGAGUUCCCCGAGCCAGCGGAUAAAAUCGUAGGAGGCCGAAUGGAUGUAUCUGUUCUUUGUGAUGGAGUAAGCAUGACCGCUUUAUUGGGUACAGGAGCAAUGUGGCUUAACGAAGAAAAAGAUUUGGUGUGUCUUAUCCACGAGAACUGCAAGGGAAACGAUGAUUUGAUUUUGGGUACCAACGCCCUAGCUUCAUCGAAAAAGUGGGGUGAAGAGAUGCUGCGAUUGCUCGGUCAGAUGCAACAGCAUUUGGUAGGAAGUGCCUCAUGUGCAGGAAGGGUGUUGAUACCGCCGUACUCAAGGCGUGUGGUGAAAGCCAUUUCCACAAAUAAGCAUAUUGUUUGGGGAUACCUAACCUUCUGUCGACCAUUUACGCAGGAAGGUUUAGUAAAACUGGAUAGAGAUGCUUAUUGUGUGGAGAUUCGCAAUGACUCGGACGAACCCAAUGAGGAAGGAAAAUUCGACGCUAAACAGCGUGCGAGAGACUUGAAUUCGGACGAGCGCGUUAACAAAAUUUGGAAGCUGCUCGGUAUCGAGGAACUACAAAUCCAG